UGUAAUUUUCACAACUGUAUAUCAGAAAUCCAAUUGCCCAACUGUAGCUUUGUUUCCUCCACUUCUUUCAAACUUCCGUUAUCCCCUCUCUCUCUCUCCUCUCUCUCUCUAUACACUUCCACUCUCCGAUCAAAGGUACGAUUUUUACUCGCUUAUCAGCUGAACUCCGCUUACUUGAAUCUCAAUUAAGAAUCGAAUAUCUUCAUUUUCAUUUGCUACCGAUUCCAAUCAAUGAUGAUGAUGAAGAUGAAUUCGAAGAAUUAGUACCAAUUGAAGCAGAGGCCACUGAAUUCCAUGGCCUCUCUGAAACUCUCUGUUUAUCCAGAACAAAACUCUUUCCACGAGUCGAAGAAACUAACUUCUGCUGUAAUUCCCUUCAAAUUUGCGUCUAGCGUUUUGUUUUCGGGCUAUUUCAGUACGAACGGGGGGGCGCUCAUUGUGAAGCCCUUUUGUGAAUUGAAGCACAUUAGGGUUUCUAAGCUGAGGGAUGAGUUUUUAGAUACCUCCGAUUCGAUAUUGGAUGGCUAUUCGAUCGAUAAUCUGGAGAAAUGUGUCGACGCCGCCGAUGAUAAUUUGAUUGUACAAGAGCAAAACUCCAAUGGGGAAUUCGAUAGAGCGAGGAUAGAUAUCUGGAAAACGUUCCGCGGUGUGAAUAAAGCGAGGAGGAGCGCCAAUAGAAAUUUGGAUACUCGUAGAAACGGUAGUAAAUACAAGAAGGGCGAAAAAUUCACAACUCCAUUCGAAAGAGACCGUGUUUUGGGUGGUGAUCAAACUUUGGUGGAUAUAGAUUUGGAUGAUGUGGGGCCCGAUUUGAGCUCCGAGCGUUGCAAUCUGAUCUUAGAACAGCUCGAGAGAAGCAAUGACAGCAAGGCAUUGACGUUUUUCGAGUGGAUGAAAGCUAAUGGAAAGUUGAAAAAGAAUGUGGCUGCGUAUAAUUCGAUUCUCAGGGUUUUGGGUAGAAAAACGGAUUGGAAUGGAGCGGAAAUCAUGAUUAAGGAGAUGAUUAGCGAUUCGUCUUGCGAGCUUAAUUAUCAGGUUUUCAAUACCCUUAUAUAUGCUUGUAAUAAGAGCGGGCUCGUAGAUAUGGGUACUAGGUGGUUUAAGAUAAUGUUGGAUUAUAAUGUUCGGCCAAAUGUUGCUACUUUCGGAAUGCUGAUGUCACUCUAUCAGAAGGGUUGUCAUGUUGAGGAGGCGGAAUAUACCUUUUCCCGUAUGAGGAAUCUGAAAAUAAUAUGCCAAUCUGCUUAUUCGUCUAUGAUCACAAUCUAUACACGCACGAGAUUGUAUGAUAAAGCAGAAGACGUUAUUCGCUUCCUCAAAGAAGAUGAAGUUGUCUUGAACAAGGAGAAUUGGUUGGUUGUGCUCAAUUGUUACUGCCAGCAGGGCAAGUUAGACGACACUGAGCUGGCGCUUCGUGCGAUGAAAGAAGCCGGUUUCUCUCCGUGUAUAGUUGCGUACAACACUAUGAUCACUGGAUAUGGGCGAGUUUCGAGUAUGGAUCAGUCAGAGCGAUUAUUAGACAACCUUAAAGAAACUGGUCUUGUACCCGAUGAAACGACGUAUAGGUCGUUGAUUGAAGGCUGGGGUCGGAUGGGCAAUUAUAACAAGGCAAAAUUUUACUAUAUGGAACUCGUGAAGUUUGGGUUUAAGCCCAAUUCAUCGAACUUGUACACAUUGAUAAGAUUGCAAGCCAAGCAUGAAGAUGAAGUGGGAGCCAUUAGAUCUAUUAAUGACAUGUUGAUGAUUGGUUGCCAAAAGUCAUCCAUACUCGGGAUUGUUUUACAGGCGUACGAGAAAGCUGACAGGCUUAUAAAGAUGUCUGCAGUUUUGGAAGGUCCUAUGUACGAUCAUGUUCUUAAAAACCAGACUUCUUGCACGAUUCUUGUUACAGCUUACGUGAAGAGUUCUUUGAUUGAUAAUGCAAUGGAAGUUUUGCGUAAAAAGAAGUGGAAGGAUCGUGUAUUUGAGGAUAACUUGUACCACCUUCUAAUAUGUUCGUGCAAAGAUUUGGGCCAUCUUGAAAAUGCUGUGAAAAUAUUCACUUGCAUGCCGAAAUCUGACAAGCCAAACAUGAAUACAUUCUGCACGAUGAUUGACGUGUACAGUAAAAUGGCUUUGUUUUCCGAGGCGGAAAAGCUUUAUACAGAGCUGAAGGCUUCGAAUAUCAAACUGGACAUGAUAGCCUUCAGUGUUGUAAUAAGAAUGUACGUGAAAUCGGGGUCCUUAAAAGAGGCGUGCGCGGUUCUUGAAAUAAUGGAUGAAGAAAAAAAUAUUGUGCCUGAUGUUUACCUUCUUCGUGAUAUACUUCGUAUUUAUCAGAGGUGUGGAAUGGAAGAUAAAUUGGCAGAUCUUUACUACAAAGUGUUGAGAAAUGGUGAAAUUUGGGAUGAGGAGAUGUAUAAUUGCGUCAUAAACUGCUGUGCUCGUGCGCUGCCGGUUGAUGAGCUGUCGAGGCUGUUCGAUGAAAUGCUCCAGAGAGGAUUUUUGCCGAGCACCAUCACGUUCAAUGUGAUGCUGCAUGUUUACGGAAAAUCGAGGCUGUUCGAAAAGGCGAAGGGUGUGUUUUGGAUGGCUAAAAAACGAGGCUUGAUUGAUGUUAUUUCUUACAACACACUCAUAGCCGUUUACGGGAAAAAUAAGUACUUAAAGAACAUGUCGGCCGCUGUAACAAAAAUGCAGUUCGACGGUUUUUCGGUUUCUCUAGAAGCCUACAACUGCAUGCUGGACGCGUAUGGAAAACAAGGCGAAAUGGAUAAAUUCAAAAGUGUUUUGCAGAGGAUGAAGCUUUCGAACUGUUCUUCCGAUAGAUACACUUACAAUAUCUUGAUUAAUAUAUACGGAGAGAAAGGGUGGAUUGAAGAAGUUGCUAAUGUGUUGGCGGAGUUGAAAGAAUAUGGAAUUGGACCCGAUUUGUGCAGCUAUAAUACGUUGAUAAAAGCGUACGGAAUUGCAGGUAUGGUUGAAGAUGCUGUGGCGUUGGUCAAGGAAAUGAGAGAAAACGGAAUAGAACCCGAUAGGUUAACUUAUACUAAUCUGAUCACUGCACUAAGGAAAAACGACAUGUUUCUCGAAGCUGUGAAGUGGUCCUUGUGGAUGAAGCAAAUGGGGCUGUGAUGCUUUUCGUACCAGACUUUAUCGUGGUAGUGGCUAUAAUCUUUGUUGUGUAGUGAAAUGAGAUAUUCAACUUCGAACGAAAUGCUGAGGUUCCGUUGAGAACAACGAACUUUUUGAAGAGACUGUUGUUUUUAACAAUAAGGUCGAGCGAUCGUAAUUUUAACUCAUAUGUCGAGAGAUAUUUUAGUUGUAUCAGGUUAUGUAGUUCAAUAGCAGGGUUUCUACACUUUUUGAUAUAUAGUUAGAUAGAUUCGUUUUCGUUGUUAA